AUGCCGAAAAAGAGCAAACAUAAAAGAAAACUUCAGCAAGAAGAUUUUAAAAAACCGAAGCUCAAGGUUGGCAAAAAGAAGCCCACAGCCGCGAAUUUUACAAACACAACCUUUAAAUCAAGAUCGAUAAUCUUGCCCGGUCAAAGCAUCACGGAAGACAAAACCAACGAAAUAACGAAUUCGCGAAAUUUAACGCUAAAUGAACUUAUCACCCAAUUGAAGCAUUAUAGCCCCGGAACCCGAAGAGACGCCAUCCAAGGCCUUAAAGACUUUUUCCUUAAAUACCCGCACGCGCUAUCAGAAUCUUUAACCACGAUCGACAAAAAUGUCAGGAGGACAUUGUUAGCAUUUCUCACGGAGUUUAUGCCAAGCAUGCCAAAGUCGGAUCUAAAGCCUUUUCUUCCUCUCCUUAUCGUAUACACGUGUUCCGCGAUGACACACAUAUAUGAAGACAUAAGGAUUGACGCGAUAAAAUUCAUUGAGAUAUGGCUUCUGGUGGCACCCGAUGUCAUAGUGGAUGGAUUCUGGCAAAAGAGUGCGAAUGAUAAGCAAUUGAUUGGGACAACAUUAAAACAAUUGCUCAAGUACCUCGUCGUUCAUUUUCCUUAUGGAUCUGAAUCUGAGGGAACGCGGGAUAUUAAGAUUCGUGAACAGGUUGAAUCAAUUUUACAAGAGAUGGAUGUCUUGUUUUGCGAAAUGGUUAUCCUAUAUUUGAUUUCGACGACCUCGUCCCCUUUGUCGGUAAAAACGGAAAGGUCGAUGCGGGCUCGCGCGCGUAAGAAAAGGAAAAAGGAUGAUGACGUGGAGAUGACCGGACCAAAUAACUUUUGGGUUGAUCAAGUUUUUGACUACGUCAUCGAUUUUUUGGGGUCCGAGUCUCAAAAUUUCUCUGAUCGCCAAAAUUCUUCCUUGGCCGCAUCCUUGCAAAACUGGGUUUUGAGUCUACCGAAAUUAUUAUGGGAGUUGAAAACCAGUAGUCUUGAAACCACCAAGGUGAUAUAA